AUGGAAAACUUCCAAACCACCUAUAAUUCCAACACUACAUUCUCUAAUGAAGCAUUGAAGAGUUUGGGAUCUCUCUUCAAGAAUGAAAAGACAAAACUCCAAGAGCUUCCAUCUGGUCUUAAAACUGACCAUGAGUACUUUCAAGCCCCUCUUUCGUCUCAUCUUUCUCAGCUUAAGACAAACUUGAGAAGGAAAUCUCUCUUAAGGAUUCUCUCACUCUUAAAACCGAAGAAGCCAAGGUGUCAAGCACCAGACAUGAAGCUUUGUAGAAAUAGGUCAAUGAUCUGUUAUCUGAGAGGGAAAUCAUGCGAAGUUGUGUUUCUGAUCAAGCCUUUAAUCCGAACCAAGGGGAGAAAGGAUGACUGGUUGUGGAUCAAGAAAGGAAAUAUGGCUGGUCGAUCAAGAAAGGUAGAACCAAAAGCGCCUAAAGCUCCUGUCAAGCCAAUUGUCAAGCCGGAACCGAAAGACAAGGAAACUCUGCUUCAUGAUGAACUACUCAUUGACAAUGAUAGCAUAGAAGAAAUUACUGAAGAAGAACUGAAAAGGCAAAAACUUCGUGCAGCUGAAAUGGAUGAGCAUUAG